AUGAUUAUCAAAACAGGAAGACUAGAACGGCCUCUACUAAGAAAUCUAGCCCAACUACAAGUUACAACUUUAGAAAAAUUUUGGUUGGAUUUCUCUAAAAAUUAUUACGAACAGAUAUAUAAGUUUUAGUAGCUAUUCUAAAAAAGUUACUUUCUCAAAGAAAUUUCUCGAUUGGUUAGUAUCUGUUCAGUCUUCUAAUAAACUAAAGGCUAAAAAUGUAAAUUACUGCACCUCCAAAUUCUGAUUUUUUCAAAAUGGAUUUAUGCUACCGAGAGACUGUUUACCAACAUCGAAACCGGAACAGGUCAGAAAAUAA